GAACACCCAAAGCAAAGAACUUUGGAAACCCAGACUCAAGUGUAAUUCCAAUCUCUCUCUCCUUGGAGCAAGAAGUAAAGAAUAACAGAAAUCAGUCCCAUUUUCCCCUAUAUAAUUAACACAAAAGCUAAAGUUUCAGUCUUUGUAUUGGAGACUGGAAACACACAUUACACAACCUCUCUCUCUCUCUCUCUCUCUCUCUCUCUCUCUCUCUCUCCUCUCCUCUCCUCUCCUUUUUUUUUUAAAUUUAUUUUUUCCAAAUUUAAAAUUUUGAGCAUGAUUUCAUCACUACCCAGCAGCAUUUAUAACUCCACACCCACAUGGCCAAAACUUUAAGAAAACACAACCCAUUUGCUUGUUAUUUUAAUCAGCUCGUGCCCAGAAGCUCAUUUUGUCAGAACAUAAAACUAAGCCUUGUUUUAGUCUUGGAGAGAGAGGAAUAGAAGGAAAGUUUUCUCUCAUUCUCAUAUUUUGGGGUUUCAAAAGCUUUGGAAAUGGUGAGAGAGUGAGUCGGGUUUCUUAGAAGAAUGGUCAUCAUGUAUUGGAUACUGGAUUUGGUGGGAGCUGUGUUACCAUGGACAAAAACUAGAAGCAAUAUUAUAUGGUGCUGUUUGGAUGACAACAGAAGAAGACAAUACCAACAACAACAACAAACGGAUUCAACAAAAGCAACAAAACAAGAAAACUUCUCAGGCAUGGCUUGUAGCUGGUCUAAGAUUUCCCCAAUCAUUCCCAUUCUUGUCUGCUUCCUUCUUGUAGCUUCUUCAAUAUGUCCAGUUGCCCAUGCCUCCAAAAUCAGCGGCGACCGCACCGCCAACCAGACUUUCAACCCGGAGCAAGAAUUAAAAAAGCUGAAGAUCAUAAGGGCUCGUCUCAAGAAGAUAAACAAGCCUGCUGUCAAGACAAUUCAGAGUCCAGAUGGGGAUCUCAUAGAUUGUGUUCUAUCUCAUCGUCAACCAGCUUUCGAUCAUCCUCUAUUAAAAGGGCAGAAGCCAUUGGAUCCACCUGAGAGACCCAAAGGCCAAACUCCUCCCGGUAUGGUCACUGAGAAUUUUCAGCGAUGGACCAUGUCUGGUACUCUCUGCCCGGAAGGAACAAUUCCAAUUAGAAGAACAAGAGAGCAAGAUAUGAUGAGGGCUAGCUCUGUCAAAAGAUUUGGAAGAAAAUUGAGAAGGCAUGUCAGAAGAGAUUCAUCCAGCAAUGGCCAUGAGCAUGCAGUUGGGUAUGUGAGUGGAGAUCAAUAUUAUGGAGCAAAAGCUAGCAUCAAUGUGUGGGCGCCCCGCGUUGUCAAUCAAUAUGAAUUCAGCUUGUCUCAAAUGUGGGUCAUCUCUGGUUCAUUUGGUGAUGACCUCAACACCAUUGAAGCUGGUUGGCAGGUCAGCCCAGAGCUAUAUGGGGACAACUAUCCAAGAUUCUUUACUUAUUGGACUACGGAUGCAUAUCAAGCAACUGGGUGCUACAAUCUGCUGUGUUCAGGUUUUGUUCAGACCAAUAGCAGAAUUGCCAUUGGAGCUGCAAUUUCUCCAACUUCAUCCUACAGUGGUGGACAGUUUGAUAUUAGCUUAUUGAUUUGGAAGGAUCCAAAGCAUGGAAAUUGGUGGCUGGAAUUCGGGUCCGGGGUCCUAGUUGGAUACUGGCCAUCAUUCUUGUUCACUCAUCUUCAAAACCACGCAAGCAUGGUGCAAUUUGGUGGAGAAGUUGUGAACUCGAGGCCUUCUGGUUCUCACACCGCCACACAAAUGGGAAGUGGGCAUUUUGCAGGUGAAGGUUUUGGAAAAGCUUCCUAUUUUCGAAACAUGCAAGUUGUGGAUUGGGACAAUAGCUUAAUCCCAUUAUCAAACCUUAAAGUUUUGGCUGAUCAUCCAAAUUGCUACGACAUACAAGGAGGGAUUAAUAACUUUUGGGGGAAUUAUUUUUACUAUGGUGGUCCUGGAAGAAAUGUGAGGUGUCCCUAAGGGAAAAAAGGUAUAGAGCUAGGGUUUUAUAUAUUUACAUAAUAUUCAAUAUUUCCUUCUUUUUUUAAAAAAAAAUUUCUUGGGUGAUUUGGGUUAAUCCAUUGGCAAUUAAGUUUGGGGUAUUCUUGUAUUUGUCUUCCUUGUUAAUCCUUUCUCUCUCUCUCUCUCUCUCUUUCUUUUUUUUUUUCCUCCCAACUAACAGGUGAUCCAUUCAUUAUACCACCCUUUAGUGACUUAUGUAAAUUUUGGGGAAGAAAAAAAAAAUAG